CAGAGGGGGUCUGGAAGGAGCACUGGACUGGUAAGUCCGGAGGCUGCACCCACGUUCUGGCUCACCGCCCCUCUCCGUGGGCUCUGGAGCCUCCUUCAGUGUCUGUCCACUGCGCCAGUGGACGCAAUGAUGCCCGGCUCCAGGAGGCCCAAGGAGGGUGUAGCUGCCCUCUCAAUGUCCCGUGAACCUGUACCGAUGGCCCUGGGACCACCAAGGUGGUCAGAUCCUUCCUGAGAGUCGAUGUCCCUGUGCUUGCCUUCUCCGUGCUACUCAUUCCUCAAGCCCAGCGGAGGUGCCCCCUCCUACAGGAAGCCAACCCUGACAUCCCCCAUCCCACUGGAUGAGGGGCUCUGAGUCCUGGUGAAAUUCCUAACUGGGUGGAGACCCUGCUGCCUCCUGCAGCCCCGAGGAAAGUCAACAACACCCUGGGGCAAAACCGAGCAUCCGGGAAAGGGAGGGGUGGCGCCUGGCGGAGCAGGGCCAGGCUACAGCACCCAGGCCCGCUGGCCAGCAAGUCAGGGCGGGGGCACUUCCCAUGGCUGCCCCUGAGACCCAAAGCCUGGCUGUCGUCUGACUGGGACUCCACAACAUUGGGGUGUCCCUGCAGGGCUGGGCCAGCCACACUGGAGCUCGCUGUCUCUUUCCGUCCCCUGCCCCGGCGGGGCCCCCCCCCCCCCCCCACCGCCCACUACCUGCAAAGCCCCACUGCCCAAAUGGGGAGGCUGAGACUCAGGGAGGGACGGGCCUGCCGGGACCCCUGGGGGGGUGUCCCUCCCCAGGCCUCUGUGCAGGGAUUCUGGGGGACGAGCCCUGCUCACAGGUCCCCCGAUGCCUGGCAAGGGCUCCAGGCAGCUGACGCCCAAGUCCCGCCAUCAGUGCCCCCUGCUGACCCCAAAGUAAGGCGACAAUGGCCCAGGUUCCUGUGUCCGGCCAGAGCUGCUCUGGACCCCCUGCCCCCACCAGGGCACAGGUGCAGGGAGCUGAGGUCGGCAGGCGGAGCAGAAACUGCUGAGACCAGUGCACAGCUGGGGAGACUGAGGCCCAGGGCUACUAGCUCAAGCGUCCUGGACCCCCUGAGUGCCCAGUCCAGCACCCAUGGACAGGGGACAGGACAUGGAGGAGGGGAGGCAGGACUGGGCUUCACCCUCCGGCUGGGCACCGUGGAGGGGUCUCCCUUCUCUGUGGUCCUUGUGUGGAGGCAGGCGCGCGGGUCUGGCGGCCUGCGGAACCCCCGGCCGGCCAGGCCAGGGGGGACGAGGCUCUGGGCAGCGGCAGGGUGUCAGAGCCAGGAGACCAAGGCAUGAAGCUCUCUGGCAGAAUCUUCCCUGCUCAGGACUGCCCCCUGCAGGCCCCGCGCCCCGCGCCGCCUCCGGGUCCCUUCCCUGCCUUAGCAUCGCCUCGCUCACCAGGCCCGGCCGGCUCCCGGGGGAGGCCAGGCAGGGCCCCCAGGGGUCAGGGGGAGGGUGGGAACCAGGAGGUUACAGGCGCCGGGUUACCCCGGGGGACUGGGCGUCCAGGUGAGGGCCCGGCCCCCUGAGACGCGCUGGGCAGGGCCGCACACGCGUGCCCUCGCACACAACACCUCGCACACGCACGGGCACACACGUCCCCGGACACUUGUUUGCGCAGCCACAGGAUCCACGCUUCACCUGCACACACGCACCAACGCCACAUGCUUGCACACUCACAGCACGCUCACCCGCAACCACACACUUGCACACCCACCUGCACGCGCGCCAUACGCAGAGCCCCGUGCUCCAUGGACCCAGCCUGCUCCCUCUUUGGGCCAGCUCCCCGGACGGUCCGGCCGGGCAGCCCCACGGCGGCCCGGAAAGCCUGGGGAGACCCCGCCCGUCUCCCCCGACAUGCGACAUGCUCGGUGGGGAUCCCAGUCCGGCCCCCCCCCCCAGCUCGGCUGAUAGGGGCUGGGGCACCAGGCAGGAGGGGCGCGGGGUGUGGGAAAGGCCCUCUCCCCACGCCGUCGGCCAGAGCCCUGGAAUGCGCUGACCACAGCCCCAGCCUAAUCCCGGCACAGGGCCCCACGGGGCCAGCUGGAGGCCGCAGCGGGCAGCCAGGGGAGGCUGGGCCGGGCUGGGGGGCACAGGCUCAGCCCCCAGAAGACCCAGGCAGGCUUGGCAGGCUGCCUCGCGUCCCCCCACCUCACUUGAGCAGAGAUGAGAGUCUGGGUCCCUGGAGCCUGGAGGAAGAGGCUGGGGGUGGGGGCAGAAGCCGCUUCUCCUGGGACCCCUCCGAAGGACCCUAAAAAGGGAAGUGGGGUGGGCAGGGGGCCAGAGCCAGCUACCCUGUCUCUCUUACUGGAAAGACGGACCUGCUGAUAAUGGGGACCGAAGCAGGGCGUGGGGCAGGGAGGGGCGGAGCCUCCUGUCGCCCGUCCCAGGGGUGGGGCUCCUACGCCUCGCCCAGCCCGCCCGCCCCCCUGCCUAUAUGCCCUCGCUCAUGCUCCCCACCCGCAGAAGGUGGUGAGAUGGCAUUGCAGGUGGGUGAGAAGGGAGCGGGCCCAGGCGGGGGUGGGGGAGACUCCCCGAGUCCCCGGCGUCCUUCCCCAGGCCUGCAGGCUGGGAGGGCUCCCACCCUCCCGCCAGGAAGGAACGUUGCUCAGAGAGCCAGGGUCCUGGGGAACAGCACGUGCCGGGGCCCCCUGGACAGUGGGUACACCCUGUCCCCCCUUUGCACGCAGUUUGAAGCCUUCUGUGCAGGGGGCCUGGCCCCGGGCUGGAGCCUGCUGGUCCAGGGACACUCUGACUCUGGAGAGGACAAGUUUGAGAUCAACUUCCUGUCUGAGGCGGGGGACAUUGCCUUCCACGUCAAGCCCCGCUUCUCCAGCGCCACCAUGGUGGGCAACACCUUCCAGGGUGGCCGCUGGGGCCAGGAGGAGGUGUCCGGCGUCUUCCCGCUGGUGCUGGGGGAGCCCUUUGAGAUGGAGGUGAGCUCAGAUGCGGAGCACUUCCACGUCCACGCCCAGGACCACAAGGUGCUACAGUUCGCACACCGCCACCGGCCGCUGGCGGGCAUCACCCGGGUACAGGUGCUGAGCGACCACCGCCUGGCCCAGGUGGAGCUGGCCAGGAGGGACCUGAGUUGGUGGGAUGGGGGCCACUGAGCUGCGCCUGAAGUCCCCGGAGGGAGCCUAAGCCAUCAGCUGUCUCCUGUCCCUGGAGCCCACCCUGGGGGAGGAGGGGGGGCUGGUGGUCUGUGCUUCUGGGCCCCUCCCCACUCCACCUCCACCUUCAAUAAAGUUUGAG